AUGGAGCCGUGGUGGGAAGAGCUCACCUCGGCAGCUCAGCCUCCUGCAAGGUAUGAGCACAGAGCAGUGGAAGUUAAUGGGACAAUGGUGAUCUUCGGAGGAAACUCAGGGUCAGAAACGCGUGCAAGCAAUGACGUCUGGCAACUCAACCUGCAAAGUGGGACGCUCCAGACCUGGGAGGACCUGGCAACAUCUGGGCCGCAGCCCCCCGCAAGAAGCGGCCAUUCGGCUGUGAUGGUUGCUAGCAACUUGCUUGUCUUCGGCGGCGCGCAGUAUGUCUCCGGAAAUUGGGCAAGAUUUAGCGAUGUGUGGAAGCUGGCAAUUAACCACAAUGGAGGCUCACACUCAUGGUCUCAGCUUUCCGCUUCCUCGCCGCGCCCGGCAGCAAGAGCAGGUCAUACCGCGGUGAGCUUAUCCGAUAAUACCAUGGUCAUUUUCGGCGGUUAUGAUGGCAGUAGCUAUGUGUCAGACGUCUGGCGGUUCCAAGUGGACGACGGAAGUGCGGGCUUUUGGGAAAGCCUCGCCACCAAUGCAGGCCCCCAGGCAAGGAGUGGUCACAGCGCUGUCAAACUUCUCGACAGCUCAAUGCUGAUCUUUGGAGGAGGGGGCAGCGGAAGCGUUCUUAGCGACCUGUGGUCGCUGAGCCUGAGCCAAAGCGGCCUGCACAUCUGGCAAGAGCUGACUGCUUCUGGCCCUUGGCCCAGUCCGAGGAGAGAUCAUGCUGUAACAAUCAUGGGAGAUGGGAGCAUGCUCUUGUUUGGAGGAUACAAUCAUUUCAAUGCGGCCGGUGCACGAUAUUUAGAUGACGCCUGGCGACUGUCCGUGAGCGGAGGUUCACCUUUUUGGACCGAGCUGCUGAUUUCCUCGGUGGGCCCUGGGCCGAGGGGGUACGCCUGGGCUGUCAGCGCGGGAGAUGGAACCAUGGUUCUGUUUGGUGGAUGGGAUAGCAGCAACAGAUUCAGUGAUACCUGGCGCCUGCACGGAUCCCUGCCGAGCACCAGCACCGCUACGAUCACCCUCACGACGGCGACGACGACAAUGUGCUGUGCCCAAGCGGAGUUCUGGAACGGCACUGGGUGCGAAGCCUGCAUUCCUGGGCACAACAGUCUGGUAUGCUCCAGCUUUUGUGCCCCAACGCUGGCACUGGUGGUCUCAACGAUGGGGGCUCCCAGCUUGGAGGUGACCAUGGAUGGUUUCGGUCGCGUCUCCUUGUUCUUGACCAUGUCCUCCUUGCCCGAGAACAUCUAUGAGGCCACAGUGCGCUUCGCCAUCGACGUGGCUGAAAACUCCUCCUUACUCAGCUGGACACCUGGCGCCUGUGAUGGCGAGUGGGAGCGGAACAGCAACCACUUCCGUCUUCUCACGACAUACUCUGACCUUGAUGGCCCUUGCAAGCUCGACGAAACCAUGAACGAGAGCACACUCGUGCGAUCUGGUGUCUUGGGCGCCUUCAUGCUGGCCUUAUCUUCGGGGGGGGGGGGGGGAAGUGGUUGUUGCACAGUGGAACAUCCCCCUACAACUUGA